AUGACCUCACCUUAUCUUUGCACCGUGAUCCUGGUCCUGAAACUCCCCAGCAUCAGGAACAUCUUACCUCCAAUCUUUCCAGUCCUGUUACAACUUCUAAAUCCGGAGGUUCAUCCUGGGAAGUGUUGGCCAUUUAAAGACUCCCAAGGCUUUGUUGUCAUCGAGCUUGCUGUCUGGAUCAGGCCUACAGCCUUUACCCUGGAGCAUAUUCCAAAAUCCAUUUCUCCGAGUGGAUCAAUUAUAAGUGCCCCUCAAGACUUCUCUGUUUAUGCACUGAGCUGCAGGUCUACCACAGGUAGGUAUUUGGCGGCUGGUUUAUCUGAGCAGCUGGCUCAGUAUGAACAGCUGGUAAUGCAGCUCAUUGAUCAACAUCUGGACAAAAAGACCCAGCUGCAAGUGAGAGGUGAACACCUUAAGUUUUUAUCACUGUUAGGAGGUAUUAAUCACGUUAACUUUCUCAGUUACUGGAAGACCUCAAGGGAAAAGUCCGUGAAAACGAAGAAGAGUUUAUCGGAAAAAAAACGCAACUUGUCGCAACUUGUCGGUGUGUUGCAGGAAGAGCUUCAUAGAAAUAAUCGGGAUCUAGCGUUGCUGGAAGACUUGAAUGAAAAACUCGGGGAAAUCGAAGAGGAACUGCGAAAAACAACACAACAAUUGGAAAUACUGCAGACAAAUCUGGAAUGGAACAAUUGUGCGAUAGUGGAGUUAGUGGAACAUAUAAGAAUACUUGAAGAAACGAAUCAGGACCUGGACAACAAGUAUUACGCUGCAGAUUACGACAGCUAUAUCGAGAUCUGUGGUUUGAAGGCGACCCAUGAAAUUGAAUUAGCACAUCUCAAAGAACAAGUGAUGUUUCUGAUGGAAGAGGCAGAAAGGUCAGAGGACAGAUUUGUGUCAAAGGAAGCUACAUACCUGUUGAUAAUUGAACAGAUGCAAGAGGAGCUGGACAAUGUACAGGAAAAGGAAGAACUGAAAAUCCUUCCAGAAGAAACACAGCAGGAGCGCAGAGAACAAGAUCCGUCCUCCUGCAAGAAUGAAUUGGCUGAGCUAAGACAUGUCAGACCAGCGCCCAGGAAGCAAACAAUUGGCAAUGAAACACACAAGGAACAUGAGGAGGCUUUUGAGAAUGACUCAAUUGAAAAGGUGGUGGUGGCACGGAAGAAGGCGAAGAAGCGAGUGAGGAGUUUCAAACGUUUAUUCGCCUCUCGAAAAGUAAGACAUCACGAUGCAUGGUGAUGUUGAACCGGCCGACCCCUGUACGGAGCCAGUUCAGGGCGACCCACUCGUUCCAGGGCACGUCCGAGCCAGGUGUGGCUGUGGUGUUUGGUGCAACAGUGAAUUGAGGAGGUCAGGAAGUCUGUUCCCAGCUGGUUCUCCAAGCUCCUAGUGUGUUGAAACCGGAGCCACAGAGGGUGGCUGCGUGACGGUAGAAGGAGCGAUCAGAUGACAGGUGUCGAGGUCCCAGUUGCUGUGAGUCCUGGGCGAGGUGGUGCAAAGGAUGUUUGGUGUCCGAAGGGGCCUUGCACACCAGCCUGUGGGUGAAGUACUCUCUGCGAAGCUUGGCGGGUGCGAUAGCUGCGAGCACCGGCAGAAGAUCCGGAGUAGGACGUAGGCAGCCGGUGAUGAUCCGCAUGGUGUCGUUGAGGAUGGCGUCCAGCUUGCUAGUAUGAGCGCUGCGGCAUCAUGCUGGGGCGGUGUACACGAGUGCAAGAGACCGGUUCAGAGAAUAGAUAUCCAGGCGCCCCAUGAUGAUCCAGCCAAGCAAUGCAGGAGGUACACAAAAUGCUCGAGAAACUCAGUGGGUGCAGCAGC